UUAUGGGGUGUACUAGGUUAAAUCAUAAUCGCCCCCAUCCAAAGCUUCCAGCGUUGAACUGUGAAAUUAGCAGAAGACAUUUAUUAAUAGUGUAAUUACUAUAGUAAUCUCAUCUAAAGAUUUUCUGUUUUGGUAAAUAAAAGCUUUGAGUAAUUUAGGGCUACAGGUAGGGUGUUUGUUUUAAUUGUGGAAGCAAAUCAGGAAUCAUUAAUGGAGGAGAUAACGGAGGGAGUCACCAAUAUCAACAUUAGCGCCGGUGAUCUUCAGAAGAAGAAUCGCAUUCAGGUCUCCAGCACCAAGAAACCAUUGUUCUUCUAUGUCAAUCUUGCCAAGAGAUAUAUGCAGCAGUACAGUGAGGUGGAGCUUUCUGCUCUUGGAAUGGCUAUUGCAACAGUAGUCUCAGUGGCUGAAAUCCUGAAGAACAAUGGAUUAGCUGUUGAAAAGAAGAUUAUGACAUCAACUGUUGAUGUCAAGGAUGAUUCAAGAGGAAGGCCAAUUUCUAAAGCCAAAAUUGAGAUAGUGCUUGGGAAGAGUGAAAAAUUUGACGAGAUAAUGGCAGCAGCUGCUUCUGAAAAGGACCGUGGUGAUGGAGAAGUGCAAAGUUAAUUCCACCAUCACAAUCAUCGCCUUUUUUUUUAAUCUUUGAUUAGGAGUUGGUGGUUUUGCCAACAUAUGAGAACAUCUAGAAUCCUAAGUUGGCUUGUUUUAAGCAACAGAGGGUACUGUGUUGAACAAUCAUCUUCUUUUUGCGAAAUGCAGUUUUGUUAGUUUGACAAAUUUGUAAUGUUUCUUGUAUGGCUGCCAAGUGCAUCAUUAUUGCAAUUUCAGAAUUAAGGCUGUGUUUGUUUAAACAUUGGAAUGGUAAUGGGAAUUAAAUACUUGGUAA